CGGCCGGGAACGGACAGCUCCGUCGCUCCCUCCCUCGGCUCAUCUCCGCGUCCCCACUUCCCUCCUCCCCUGGCUCCGAGCAGCAUCCUCAGCAGACCCUCGAUCCUCAUUCCCUGGGUCGUCCCUCUCUCGCCGCUCCGUGUAAUUACCUUGCUUCUCCGGCCAACCCGGGAACUUUAUCCGCCAGCUCCUGGGAGUGAGAGGUUGCUUUGCCUGGGCUGGGGUUUCUCCUGGGGCUCCUUGGGGGGCAGUCUUCGGAGAGGGCUUCAGGGUCCCAGAGAGACGCCCGCCAGACGCAGCCUGCCCCCAGCGGGCCUGCCGUCGGGUCUCGGCACCCUCUCUUCCCCUAUCCCCCAACCAUGACCGAAAUGAGCGAGAAGGAGAACGAACCGGAUGACGCGGCCACCCACACACCCCCGGGGACCGUCUCUGCCCUCCAGGAAACCAAGCUCCAGCGGUUCAAGCGCUCACUUUCCCUCAAGACCAUCCUCCGAAGUAAGAGUGUGGAGAACUUCUUCCUUCGCUCAGGCUCUGAGCUCAAGUGCCCCACUGAGGUGCUGCUGACACCCCCAACCCCGCUGCCCCCUCCGUCCCCACCACCAGCAUCCACAGAUAGCGGCCUGACCACCCCGGCACCCUCACCCUGCCCAGUUCCACGCCCCCUGGCGCCACUCAAACCAGUGAGGCUGCACAGCUUCCAGGAACAUGUCUUCAAGAGAGCCAGCUCUUGUGAGCUGUGCCAUCAGCUUAUUGUGGGAAACUCCAAGCAGGGCUUGCGGUGUAAAACAUGCAAAGUCAGCGUCCACCUCUGGUGCUCCGAGGAGAUCUCCCACCAGCAAUGCCCAAUCAAGACAUGCUCCUCCUUCCGCCGCAACUUCAGCUCCCCCCUCCUGGUGCAUGAGCCGCCACCAGCCUGUGCCACAAGCAGAGAGUCCCCACCCACUGGGGCCAGCGGGAAGGUGGACCCCAUCUACGAGACCCUUCGCUAUGGCACCUCCUUGGCACUGAUGAAAAAAAAAACGUCUGAAUCCCCCACGCGGAGCCUGAGUGAGCGGGAUGAGCUGACUGAGGAUGGGGAAAGCAGCAUCCGCAGCUCAGAAGAGGGUCCUGGUGACAGUGUAUUCACAGCCCCUGCUGAGAGUGAAGGGUCAGGACCAGAGGAGAAAAGCCCCGGACAGCAGCCCCCCAGGCUGCCCCUGCGGAAGGACUUGGGGCCCAUGUACUCUUACGUCGCACUCUACAAGUUUCUGCCCCAGGAGAACAACGACCUGGCUCUGCAGCCCGGAGAUCGGAUCAUGCUGGUGGAUGACUCUAAUGAGGACUGGUGGAAGGGCAAGAUUGGCGACCGGGUUGGCUUCUUCCCAGCUAAUUUUGUGCAGCGGGUGAGGCCAGGCGAGAAUGUUUGGCGCUGCUGCCAACCUUUCUCCGGGAACAAGGAACAAGGCUACAUGAGUCUCAAGGAGAACCAGAUCUGUGUGGGCGUGGGCAGGAGCAAGGACACUGACGGAUUCAUCCGCGUCAGCAGUGGCAAGAAGCGGGGCCUGGUGCCAGCCGACGUGCUGACCGAGAUCUGAGUGGAGCCAAGAGAACCCAGAUGCCAUCCCUGCCCAUGCCUGGCCUUUGCUUCUGGCCCCAGUGGGGGAGUGGGCAUCUGCCCACAUUUCCUCCCUUUGCCUCUCUCCUAGGAGCCACUCACCAUGGCUUGGGAGCCUUCUGCACUGAGGAAGAUUCUAUUUCUUGGGUCCCAGGGUGCCCUGAGGGGACUGCUCCUCUGGAACUUGGGGGUGAGGGAGGAGGAGAAAGUGGGAGGGGAUGGGGAAGCUCCAGGUAGGUCCACCCAGUGCCCAGUCACCCCCAGUCCAGUUGCUGUGCUGAGUCCAGCCCUGGGGAGCAUUCUUGGGGAACUUCCCUGCUGCUUCUUCCAGAGAGCCUUCUGGUACCCACACCAGCUUUGCAUGACUGACACCUCCGUCUCCCCACAGAGCUUCUGCUUGGGUCUAUGUGUGUGUGACCAUGCAGCUGCUGCUUUGGAAGUGGGGCCUUGGGAAGGUGCCUUCCUUGUCCCUCAGCCCUCUGCCCUGGGUUGGGAGGGGACCUGGCUACAGAAGAUCCUGAGUCCGCCUCCUGGUCUCACCACCUCUGUCACUCCAUCAAUUCUCAGGAAAGUUCUGCGGGAAUCUCUCCCAUUACUUGAAACCUGGGCGGACAGAGGAGGGGAGGGCUGAGGUCUGGGGAGGGUGUGGAAAAUCAGAGACUAUACCGUCAAGUUGAACAGUCACCACAGAGCAGCCUCAUCCUACCCUUGUCCACUGGAAAAGGACACCCAAGAGCAACCAGAACACAGAAAUCCAAAUGAGAACAAAAAACUGGCCCAUGCUUGGUCAAAACAACCCCCAUUUCACUAUCAGAACUCUAAAAGCACCCGGCAGCAGGACCAGCCAGCCAGGGGAUCCUCACCAGGCCUGCCUCUACCCUCAGCGUUGACCUCCAAAUGGCCCUUCCUCAUCCCCCUCUCCUGGCUCUGCAGGCAACAGGGCUGCCAGGCUGCCGGUGCAGGGCUCCCUUUUACGGCUGUAUUUGCCCCCUGGUCUUGGACACAGAGUCUUGGGAGGAAGAGGGUGGAUCAUUCUGUUUGGCCACCAGGAAAGGGAGUAGGUGCCCUGUAGGUAGGGUGGGCGCAGGCAAAGAGGAUCCCUCCUUUGUAGGUUGCUUUAUUCUGGUGCCAUCCUCCUCCCUCCCCAGUCCCCCCCAGCUCAGAGUCUCCUCUUGUGCCCUUGAUUGUGCCAGCCGAUGUGACCCCCCAUUCUGGGCACAGUCAUGCCCUCCCAUGCAAUGCGAGGGACACAUCCUCCUAUCCAUUGGCCUGUGCCCCAAUUCUCCUCCCAAAAGGGGGAGCUCAAGCCACACUGCCCUGUUUGCUGCCAUGAGGCCCCCUCAGCAAUAUCCCAGGGGCCGGCCAAAUGCCCACUGUACAUGAGGCUGCAUGAUGGGUCUGAUGGAGCAUUGCUGAGGCCCCAGACUCUUAAUUAAAUGUUUCU